AUGGCGGAGGGAGACUUCGCGUUGUCGAUCGUGUCGGAGCCCUACACGAUCCCUGAGGGCCACCCUCACUGGCACUCGAACGAGAUGGAGACGGUCGCGAUCACAUGGAGGCAGGCACAAGAGGCAAUGCCGUGCACCCCGUACGAAAGAGGGGAACAUUUUACCUCUAUUAGAUGGGGAGACAUGCUGAUAGUGGGGGUAUAUCUACCUCCAAGCCUCGGCAUAUCCCAGUGCGAGGAAGCGCUUGAGGAGCUGGAAAGAUGGGCCAUAAGACACAUGGACAGACCUAUGAUUAUCGGAGGUGACCUAAACGCUAAGUCUCCGAUGUGGAACUCUAGAAGCACCAACCCACGAGGAAUACUUAUCGCGGAAUGGGCCAGUGCCAUGGGCAUGUGCUGUCUAAAUAAAGGACAUAAAAGCACAUGCAUAAGAAUAAAUGGGGAGUCGAUCGUGGACAUUACAUUCGCCAACCCGAUCGCCGCUAGGAGAGUCAUUAACUGGACGGUCUCGAAGCGAGAAUCAAAAACAGACCAUCGAUACAUAGAGCUCACCAUGAGCCCCACGGGUCAACAGAUACACAGAAGGAAACUUCCGAGAGCCCAAAGAUGGGCCACAAAAAGGUUGAACGAAGACGUAUUCCUGGCUGCAAUCAUGGCAGGCACAUGGCCAAGGAGGGAGCAAGAGGUAGAAAACACAGAAGUCCAGGCCAGGUCUCUUCAGAAAGCGAUGGUAGAGGCAUGUGACGCCUCCAUGCCUAGGUCCAUACCGAGACCACGUAGGGCCAUGCCCUGGUGGUCUGAAGAGCUGGCUACUCUACGACAGGAAUUAACUAGAGCAAGAAGACAGUUGCGAAGAAUUAGGAGAAGAGCGGCCCAUCUAAGUGAGGCUGAAAAGCAACUCUACCUCCUAAAUUUUAGAUUGGCCAGAGACAGUUUCGGAAAGGCUUUGAGAAGGGCCAAAGCUAAAGCCUGGGAGGACUUUGUUCAGUCGCUUAACGAGGAUCCAUGGGGGCGCCCUUACAAAUUAGUACUCGGUAAGCUGAGGAAGUGGACACCACCAUUUACUGAAUCCCUUGAGGAAGGGACUCUGACACGAGUGCUCGCCGGACUGUUCCCAUCCAUAGGAAUGGCAGGAACCUGA